CUCUCGACACCCAAACAUCCCUAAGUCAUCCCCGAGUCUCACUAACCAAGCCCAAAAAUCCCUCGGUCACCCUCUGUGAUUCUCUAGCGCUCUUCAACGUCCCACGCUCUUCCAAUUUUAUCCCCAAAGGGCCUUGUUACCAAAAUUCUCAACUGGACUCUCCUGUAAUUUUGGUCUUAUUCGAUCCCUAUCUCAUAUCGCAAACAUCUUAUCCCCCCACCGAUCCACUUUCCGGCUACCUGUUUCCCGGUCCCCGCCUGCUCCAAAGCUUCCUCAUCUUCGGUAUAGAGUCUCACGUUACUGUUCCUUACCCUCCCCCCCGGCGGGAAGAUUUCUCAACCUGGAAUGCUCACUGUUAGGGUUGCUUCCGCUCUUGGAUUCAAGCACUGGAUGUCUUCGGAAAUUAGGGUUUCAGAUUUUUGCGCUUUGUUGCUUGGGUUUUGCUAAGUAUUAGUGUUAGGGGUUGCUGUUCUCAUUUCAGCGUUCCGUGCCCUGUGAAUUCGCGGAAUAGGGUUUUGAGCUUGCUUUCGUGAUGCCGCGGAGUUCAAAACAUAAAUCGAGCAAACACAGUUCGAGGGAUACGAGGGACUACUCGGAUUCGGACAAAGAUUCUGGCUUGAAGGAUCGGAAAGGUAAGGAUGAGAGCAGUGCGAAGGUUUCGAAGGAUUCAAGUUCGUUGGAGAAGCGGAAGCCGGAUUCGAAGGAUACUCAUGGGUUUGGAAAUGGGGAGAAUUCAGACGAGCAUGCUUCAUCGAAGAGGCGCAAGGAGCGUAGCAAUGACGGAGUUGGAGAUAGGUGGAAUGGUGGUGAGGAUGAACGAGGUGAAGGCUCCAGGAAGUCAAAGACAUCGGGAGAUUCGAAAAGUAGGAGAAGGGAUGAGGGUGUAGGAGUGUAUGGGGAGGGCGAAGAGGUCAAGAAAAGCAGCAGCAAGGGCGAAGGGAAGCACAGGGAACCGGGGCGAAAGGAGAGUAGAGAAAGUGGAACGGAAAGAGAAAGGAAGUUUAAAGAAGUUAGAAGCGAGAGAUCAGUUGACAACGUAGAACAGCGUAUAUCCAAGCAUGUAUAUGAAAAUACUGAUUUGAGGGCCCUGGAUGAGUUACAAAGCCCUGAACUGGAUAGCCAACCAGAGAAGCGAUUGAGGAAGAAGAGGGAUGAUACUAGUGAUGGAAUUAAGCAUCAAGAUGAUGUUGGGGAUAGCUAUAGCAGACGUUUGUCUUCUAGGGAUGAGAUUGCCAAGGAUGGAAGACUAAAGGAUGAUAAGCGAAAGGAUGAGAAAUAUAGAGAGAAGGGCAAGGAAGAGACAGAUAAAGAGAACAAACAUAGAUAUGACAAGCAGCGUGAUGAGCGCCCUGUGAAAGAUCAUGCUAGCAAUAGGUCUGAUGAUAAGCAUGGAAAGGAGGAAAAGGACUAUGUUGAGUCACGACAAAAAAGAAUUAAAACUUUGGAGAGUGAACGUGACCGGGACCAUAACCGCGAUCGUGAUGGGGGACGUGAGCGCGAUUUGGAAUCUGGUCGUGAUCGUGAGCGGCGCCAUGAACGUGAAAGAGACCGUGAACGUGAUUAUGAUCUUGAUAGGGAUCGUGACUAUGAUAGAGAUCGAGAUUGGGAUUGGGACAAUGAUCGUGAUCAUGAUGAGGACCUAGACAAAGAGCGUCAUCGUGAGCGCAACCACCAUGAUCGUGAUGGGUCGCAUUUAGAUGAACGAAGUGUUAGGAGUAAGGAGAGUGGAGCAAAGAAAAGAAAUUUGGUUGAACGUGAUGAUUAUUGUGAUGCUAAACCUAGAGGUGUUAAACCUCACUAUUCUGAUGCAGAGAGAAGAAGUUUGAGUGGCAGUAAAGCUGAUUCUGAGGCUGAGAGGGGAAGAUCCCAACCACGUCAUGCUCAUGCAGACUCAAGUGGAACCAACAACAAAAGGAGGCCUUCUCCAGCAGCAAAUACUUAUACCGGCAAUGAUGAUUACAGGAAUGCAAAUUCUGAAGAUUCAAAGCAGAGAGACUCAAUGACAGAACAUCGAACAAAAGGCUUGAGGGAAGGUUAUCCAGGGACAUCAGAAAGAGGUGCUAGUAAAUACAAGUCAGAAAAAUCUAUUAAAAUGGAUGAUUGUGCUGUAGGAGAUUUUGCAACUGAAAGGUCCUCCAGUUCUAAGGCUUCUCCCAAGGGCCUUGUAGAAAGAUCUCCAUCUUCCACAAGCAUCGAGCGCAGGUAUGUGAAUAAAAGUGGAGUUAGGCGGAGUGUUGAAAUUGAAGAAGGUGGACGGAGAAGUAGUAUUGAUGCACGAGAUUUCUCAGCUUCGGAAGAUAGACUGGGCCGUGAGUUAACUCUAGAGAGGCCACUGUUGGAUGAUUCCUCUCAAGCAGAUUCUUAUUAUGGCAGGACUAGUCAGGGAAAUGCAUCGUUGGUUCCUCCUCCGCCAACUUUCAGGGUCGGACUAGACCGACCUUUUAUGAGUUCUUUAGAUGAUGAUGUUAGAGACAGCUCCAAUGCUCGAUACAGAAGAAUUAGUGAUCCUGGUUUUGGAAGAGGACCUGGCAAUUCUUGGAGGGGUGUUCCAAAUUGGACUUCUGCUGUGCCAAAUGGAUUUGUUCCUUUUCAACAUGGACCAACACAUGGAGGUUUUCAGGCAAUUAUGCCACAAUUUCCAUCUCAACCUCUUUUUGGUGUUAGACCUCCAAUGGAUGUUAACCAUGCUGGUAUUCCUUACCAUCUUCCUGAUGCAGACAGGUUUCCAGGUCACUUGCGCCCGCUUGGGUGGCAAAAUAUGAUGGAUGGUACAGGCCCUUCUCAUUUACAUGGAUGGGAUGGCAAUAAUAGUGUUUUCAGAGAUGAUCCUCACAUGUAUGGUGGUUCAGAUUGGGACCGGAACAGGCAUCCAACAAAUAGUCGGUCUUGGGAAUCUGGUUCUGAGACCUGGAAAGAGCAGAAUGGUGAUUUAAAGAAAGACCUGCCUUCUCCGGCUCAUAAAGAUGGUUUGGUUCCAGCAGAGGUGGACGGUGGAUUGGCUGAGCACGGUACUCAGAUUUCUCAGGAUGAGCAGAACCAGGAUAGUUUUCAUGAAAAGGCUCCUGAAAGGAAGUCACCCAGUGUCAGUACUCCAUCUAAAGCACCUUUGAAGCCCUUGGCCACGUCUACAAUUGAGAAGGUGCCUGAUACUGCAACAAGUGACAUUGCUUCACUUUUCAGUCAUUUCUACCUUUCUAAACUUGACAUUUCAGAAGAACUUACGCUUCCAGAGCUGCACAGCCAGUGUAUGGGUCUGCUGAGGAUUGAUAAGAGUGCCAGCAUUGAUGCAGAGUCUCGUACAGAUCUGUUUCUGAAGAAUGGUUCAAGAGCGCAACAGAAAUAUGCUGCCAUGUCAAGGCAUUCACCACUUCCAGCAAUUGACGCGUCCAUUUUCCAGAGAGCCAUGGACCUUUACAAGAAGCAGAGGGUGGAACUGCCAAAUAAGGGGGAAGUAGAUAUUAUCCCAGCAUUCAAUCAAGUGCGAGGUGAUGAAUCAGCCUCUGUUCACAGUUCGGAGAACAUGCAGGUUUCUGUCUUCACUUCUGAUGCCAGGGUUAAGCCGAAGUUUACAUCAGACUUGAAAAUAGGGGAAACUUUGCAUCCUUCUGCUGGGGAGCAUUUGGAAGAACUAGAUCAAGCCUACAGUGACAAGCAGCAGGGUCAUGGUUGUGCCAUAUCUUUGGGAUUAGUCUUUUCUGGUCCAUCUGAUUGUGGGAACGAGGGGGAGCCUUUAGCAGCUUUGGGUGAGGAGGAGAAAGAGACAUCUGAUCUGGUGGGUUCAGGGGGAUCAAAGGAGAAUCAGUUCAUGGAAGUGGAAAAUAAAUCUCAGUUGGUCACUGAUCUGCACAAAGAUGAUGUCGACACAUUGGGUGAUCCCUUAAUUUUGAGGAUGGAUCUUCCAAAGCUUGUGAUGCUUUGAUGGCUGGCUCAAAUGAGUCUGAAUCGCUAAUUUUAAGCCGGAUACAUCAUUCUCCUGAAAGUACACAUUGAGACAAUUUCUAUAUCUUUCAUUGCUUUUUCCGUCAGGUUUUUAUUUCCUCUCCCUCUCCUGUUGCUUUCAUUUUGAGCGAGGAAAUAAAAAAGAAAUGUCAUUCAUAUUCCCUUAA